UGCAGUAACCGGGCGAACCGGAGAGACAUCAGAGUUGACCAAGGCAAAGAGUGUCAUUUCCCCAAACGACGCUGAUUUCUCCUCUGCUCUGUAAUUUCUCCAAUUCAUUGAUCAGAUCAGCCAUGGAAGACGAGAUUGAACUGAAAACUGCUCCUGCUGACUUCCGGUUCCCUACAACAAAUCAAACCAGGCACUGCUUCACUCGGUACAUCGAGUUCCACAGGUGUACAACUGCAAAGGGCGAGGCGUCUAAUGACUGCGAAAGGUUUGCCAAGUAUUACCGCGCUCUCUGUCCUGGAGAAUGGGUUGAGAAGUGGAACGAGCAGAGGGAGAGUGGAACUUUUCCAGGUCCUCUUUGAACCUAAGAGGCAAUCAAUUCCAUAAUGAUACAUGGUUUGAAAGUUAAUUUCUUUCUUGCUUAUUAUUUUCUCUCUACUUUUAAGUGUUUUGUGUUAUUAUUUUCUCUCUACUUUUUAAGUUUUUUUAUUGGAUGUCUAAGAAAAGGCCAAUCAAAUAAUAAUAUGAAAACAUUCUCUUA